CCAAGAUGACAUAAAUUUAUUAAAUUCAACACUUCUGCAUGGCUUGCCUACUUCCAACCUCAACUCAUCUUUCUAUUAUUUAUCUCCUUCCAUGGUCACCCAACCUCCAACCAUUUCUAAUGGUAAAGCCAUAUGCAUAUGUUAUAUACACAUGCUAAUCUCCAAAGCUUGGUGGCAAGAAAGGCCUCCUUAACAUAUGUAUGGUAUUAUUAGUAGUAUAUCAGCUUGAAGAUAAAUAAUGGAUAAAAUGAUUGAACCCAAAUUAGGCAAAGUUUGCGUUACAGGAGCUUCUGGGUUUUUGGCUUCUUGGCUUGUUAAGCGACUGCUCUUGUCUGGAUAUCAUGUAAUUGGAACUGUUAGAGAUCCAGGAAAUGAGAAGAAAUUAGCACAUCUAUGGAGGUUAGAAGGAGCCAAUGAGAGACUCCAACUUGUGAAGGCAGAUUUAAAGGAAGAAGGCAGCUUUGAUAAGGCAAUCAUGGGGUGUCAUGGAGUUUUCCAUACAGCCUCCCCUGUUUUGAAACCUACAUCUGAUCCAAAGGAAGAAAUUUUGGGACCUGCAAUGGAAGGGACAUUGAAUGUGUUACGAUCAUGUAAGAAGAAUCCAUAUCUAAGGCGUGUUGUUCUCACUUCAUCAUCUUCAACAGUAAGGGUGAGAGAUGAUUUUGAUCCUAAUAUGCCAUUGGAUGAGUCAUCUUGGAGCUCUAUGGAACUCUGUGAGAGACUACAAAUUUGGUACGUACUAUCAAAAACCUUAGCUGAAAAGGCAGCAUGGGAAUUCUGCAACAAGAACGGAAUUGAUUUGGUUACUGUUCUGCCUUCAUUUGUGAUUGGACCUAGUUUGUCACCUGAGUUAUGUUCCACGGCAUCUGAUGUCCUUGGCCUUCUCAAAGGGGAAACAGAGAAAUUCAAAUGGCAUGGAAGGAUGGGAUAUGUUCACAUUGAUGAUGUUGCAGCUUGCCAUAUCCUUGUUUAUGAGCAUAAAACUGCUCAUGGAAGGUUCCUUUGUAGCUCAACUGUGUUGGAUAAUAAUGAAUUAGCUUCUUUCUUGUCAGCAAAAUAUCCCUCCCUACCUAUCCCAAAAAGGUUUGAACAACAAGACAGGCCAUACUAUGAGUUCAACACCUCCAAGUUGAAGAAUCUAGGAUUUGAGUUCAAGACCAUAGACGAUAUGUUCAAGGAUUGCAUUGCAUCUCUCGUGGAGCAAGGCUAUCUUUCUUCAAUAUAGCUAUAUAUUUUGCUUUAUUCAAUAUAGUUAUAUAUGCUUAUAAAUGAUAAAGAAUAAUAAUGUCUCAUAUAGGAAGCCAAUAAAGUAUGUCGUUUUACAUA